AUGCGUGCCCAGCCAUGGCUGGGAUGUUUGCUGUUGCGGUUGUUGGCUGCGAAGGAACUAGGGUGUCCUGCCUUGGAGAAGCACGCAGUGGGAAUAUGCGUGGAGGAGUGUAGCGAUGACUCUGACUGUGAAGCAGCUGGAAAGGCUGGACACUCGUGCUGCUCAAAUGGCUGCGGGCAUGUCUGCAUGAAGCCAGGGGUGUCAACUGCGCCUUCGAACCCCUUUGCCCUCAUGGCCGUGCUGCGCGAGGCAGUCUUUGCAGAUGUGCUUGCAGCACUCCCGGAGCCGAUGUCCAAGUCCGAAAUGCGAUCAGUGAAAGUGCUGUCAGUUAAGUAUCCAUCUGACCAAAGACGUGAUGCCUGCCAGGCGUUCCACAAGCUAGCAGCGCACCCAAAGGUCUCCUCGGUGGAAUGGGACGGUGCCAGUCCAAACUGUGCAGAGAUCGAGCUUUGA